UUACAAGUUUUCAAGAAUUUUUUAAAGUUUUUUUCAAAUUUUUUAAUUAUUUUUUAAAGUUUUUCUAAAUUUUUUAAAAUAAGUUUUGUAUAAUUUUUUACACUUUGCAUGCAUAGUAUGGGGUUAUAAUGCCGAAAUUUUAUCAAUUUUUUUUAAUAAUGUUUCUGAUGGAUGGAAAGAUUGUAAAAAUAGGCCAUUGAUCAAUAUUAUUGCAGUGUGCCCUAAAGGGGCAAUGUUUUUGAAAGCGGUGGAUUGUGAGGGGCAAGUGAAAGAUGCAAGUUUCAUUGCCAAUAGCCUCAUAGAAUGCAUUGAUGUGGUGGGGACUCAAAAUGUUGUCCAAGCCAUAACAUACAAUGCUAAAAAUUGUAGGGCAGCGGGGACUAUAGUGGAGGUUACACACAAUCACAUCUUUUGGACACCAUGUGUAGUCCACUCACUCAAUUUAAUCAUGCAAAAGAUUGGCACACAAAUUGAUUGGGUGAAAAAACUGUACGAGGAGGGCGAGGAGAUUCAAAUGUUUGUGACUAAUCAUCAUAUGUCACAAGCCAUUUUUAGGACCUUCUCCAAGUUGGAGUUGUUGAAGGUAGCUGAAACACGAUUUGCAUGUCACACACUCGUCUUAAGACGACUCGUGAAGGUGCGAGAGGCCUUGAGUUCUAUGGUCAUCAAUGGAUUGUGGAGUGUAUGGAAGCUGGCCCAGACAGAAAGAGCUCUAAAAGUAAGAGCAUUGAUUCUUGAUGAGAAAUGGUGGGAUAUUGUGGAAUAUGUUUUGAAUUUCACUGAACCCAUCAUGAGCAUGAUUAGGUAUGCUGAUACUGAUUGCCCAUGUUUGGGUGAGAUUUAUGAUGGCAUGGAUUGUGCAUGGUGGAGAAAAUAAGAGAAAUAAUAAAAAGAAAAGUAAAUGACCCAAUGGAAACAUUUUUCAAAGUUGUGUAGAAUAUUAUUGUUGACCGUUGGAACAAGAUGACCAAUCCCUUACAUCUCUUAGCAUUUGCUUUGACACCAAAAUUUUAUAGUGUAGAGAUGCUUGCAACACCAAGAAGGGUACCGCCAUAUAGAGAUGCAGAGGUUGCUUCUGGCUAUAGAGCUGCCUUUAAAAAGAUAUAUCAAGAUGAGGAGACAAGAAAUGUUGUCAUGAAGGAGUUUGGCCAAUUUGUAUCCACAAAAAAUUAUGAUGUUGUAGCUCUCAAUGCUAGAUAUGGGAUGGAUGCUGAUGAGUGGUGGUAUGUACAUGGUCAAGGCUCCGUUUACUUGCAGCCUCUUGCAAUUAAACUUCUCUCCC